AGCUGUCUAAUCCUUAACUAAUGAUACUAAGAACUACUUUAACAAAGUGCCACUUAAGGUAACGUGAUAAUGAAAAUAAUAAACGUUAUUUUACAAUAUUUAUCUUUCUGUGUAUAAUCACUGGAGCAUUACCUAUGCUAAUAUUAUUAAAAGGUAGAGUUUAUCAGUAACUGAAGUCGUAGGGGUAAACUCAAGAACUAUUAAACCGAUUUGAAAAUGAUUUAACCAAUGACAGUUGCAAUAUUUGUGAGUAAAUAUUCCCUGAUGAAGUGUGCUCGUUUCUGAUAGUUUUAUAAUACUCAAUUUAAUACUCUAUCGUGUAUACAAUAGUCGCCAUAACACAUAUUACACAAUGAUUUAAUGUGAUAAUGGUAUUAGUAUUAUCCUUCACAGUACGUCAAACAACGAUUAAUUAAGUCUAAUAAGAAAAUUACUCGUUUUCAAUGUUUAUUUUGCCAUUACUGCUCUCUGUAUAACUAUUGCUAUGUGGACAGUCGUUACGGCUAAUGGGUUUAGAGUUAAAGACUCGCUUAUCUGUCAUUCUGUGUGUGACUGUGACAAGACGAAGAACUGUGAACGGAAAUGCAGUGGGUCCUCCGAAAAUUAUAUCUAAAACUCAAAUUUAUUCUGAUGUGCUUGAGCCCCGGCGCGGUGACCGGCGGCGGCACGGAAGCGCAGCCGGGUUCUCGGGACGCGCUCGACGUGCGCUACUCACUAGCUGCCCUAGCUGAUGACUACACGAAGAGGAAACACGUGGUCAGGGUGACCACGGCAGCAGGCGCUGAACUAUUACUACAGGCCGAAGGCGCAGCAGACGCACAAAGAUGGCUGGCAGCUCUCCGGCGCCACUCCGCCGAGCCGCCGCCGGUGGAGCCGGCGCAGACGCAGGCGGCGCCCGCGCUGCCCGCCGCGCCCGACUGCCCCUCGCCGCUGCCGCCACAGCGCAGUAAGAAGAUCGGCAGGAACCGCUCGCCUACCGGCCCCCCAACCCCCACUCUGCCAUCAUCCCCUAAGAACAAGACGUGGAAGGGUCGCAUGGCGAAGCAGUUGCGACGCAUGCACGGCGGGGCCGCGCCGGCCGCCGCGCCCGCGCCCGGCUGGCUCGGCGCCGCGCUCGAGCGCUGUCCGCACGACCCCGAACACCCGCUCGUGCCCAAAGCUGUCACACUGCCCGCACAUGCUGUGGAGGCUUACGGUCUCCGCACAGUGGGCGUGUACCGCGUGCCGGGCAACGCGGCGGGCGUGGCGGCGCUGGCGGCGGCGCUGGACCGCGGCGAGCCCCCGCCCACCAACGACGCGCGCUGGGCUGACGUGCACGUCGCCUCCAGCCUGCUCAAGGCAUACCUCCGCCGCCUGCCCGACCCCCUGCUCACAGCUGACCUGUAUCCUGCGUUCAUAGCUGCCGAUCGGUCACCAGAAAGAGCACGGGAGCUGCGGCGUCUAGUCCGCGCACUGCCAGACGCGCAUUACGAAACACUCAAGUACCUGAUCCAACAUUUGCGACGAGUGGUCGCACACUCCGCCUACAAUAAAAUGGAGGCGAGAAACUUGGCCAUUGUGUUUGGACCAACGUUGGUCCGCGCUGCCAGUGACGACAUGCUGGCCAUGGUCAAUGACAUGUCCAGCCAGUGUCGCAUCAUUGAAUCUUUCCUUACUCACUAUGACUGGUAUUUCGAAGAAGAAGAGGGUGACCCCCCAGUGGACCCGCCACCUUCAGCAGAGGAGCUGUCCCCUGCGCCAGCGCCUUCCAGAGACUUACUAAUACACAACGUUAAAAAGAUUGAAGGCAAGGACGUUUCAACACGAGACAUCGUUUCAUCAAUAAUAUCGGCGGCGAACCGCAAGAUCCAGCGCAAGCCGCGCAGCAAGCCCGACAAGAAGGAGGACAAGCGGUCCCCGUGCGGGUCCCCAGCGGGCGGGUCCCCGGCGGGCGGGUCCCCGGCCGGCGGGUCCCCGCCGCCCUCGCCGCUGUGCGAGCCCCCGCACCACCUCACCACCGCGCUCGCCGACUACGACGGCCUGCACCACUGCGACGGCCCGACCAACAAAAACGAGUUAGAGACGUUGCCAGCGCUGGGCCGCGGUCGCCAAGAGCUUUCGCGGCAUACACACGCGCUCACCAACUUCUCAAUAGAUGGAACCGGGGACUUGGUGUCGUCUCUGACCAGCACGUUCGACCAGAAGUUGCGCACGCUGAACAACUCGUCGCCGCUCGACGACGGCAGCAUCCCGUACGCGGACGAGUGUCAGGACGAGACCGAGGAGGGCAAGUCCAGCGCCAGCUCGCCUUCUGACGGCGCGGGCAGCGAGCGUGACGAGCGGGACGAGCGUGACGAGCGCGGGGAGCGGGUGUCCCCCGCCGCGCGCGCGCACGAACUGAAGGCCGCGUGGCUCGCGCGGGACCACCGACACUCGUCGUCCUCCAGCGCGGACGACGAGCGCGCCUGGCCGCGCCGCGCCCCGCGCGAGGACACCGACGACUCCGAGAAGGAGAACUGCGGCGGGCCGGCGGCCGCGGCGCGGGACCACAAGCGCAACAGCGCCGCGCUCGAGCCCGCGCCGCCCGCCGCCAGCGCGGACGACGACGGCGCCAAGCUGAAGCGCUCCGAGUCCCUCCCGCGCGAGCCCGAGCGCGCCGCCCGCGUGCUGCGCUCCGAGAGCCUCAACUGCCGCAGCGAGCGGCCGCAGCGCUCCGACUCGCUGGGCAAGGCCGAGCGCCGCCCCGAGCGGGAGCGGGACUGGGCGGGCGUGCGGCGCCGGGACGCGGCCGCCUGGCGCUCCACCAAGCUCAAGCGCAAGAACGGCAUGCCCGAGCGCGGCAUCAAGCGGCGCCACACGGUGGGCGGCACCAAGGACUUCGACAAGGACGGCUGGUCGGCGCGCCACACGCGGACCUCCUCGCCGGACCUGUCCUCGGACCUGUCGGAGCUGGCGCGCGUGUGGCCGGCGCCGCUGGUCCCGCCGCCGCGUCCGCCGCUCGAGUCGCACGUGUGACGUCACACCUACUCCGUCUAGACGCGGAUCAGUGCUACGCUCGCUGCUAGUGAUGUGUCGGCUCCGGACUCAUCUCGACCGAACCCUAUGAACGACUAUGAAAAGUACACGUCUCUUUAGUUACGACCCCUUCCCGGUGCCUAUUUGUUCGAGUGGUGCUGUUUUGAUAGUUUUCUUUUGUGCCGACGGAGAACGAACCUUCUUAUGAAUUAGUUUGAAUUAUAGCAAAACAAUAUAGUAUUUUACUAUUCUAAAAUUUUCUAACAGAAGUCUGAUUUACAUUUAUCCAUUACCACGUCGAUACUAACAGUUCGAAACUUCAUUUCGAGAGAGGCUAUUAUUUGAUUCGAUUCAAUUGACUGAAUAGAUUAGGUCACAAAUAUCUAUCUAUAUUGUAUAAUAUUACGAAUGAUUAUAAUACUCAGAGUCGUUUACUUCAUUAUAGCAUGUAUAGAAUUUUAAAUUCCAUGCGUAUUACAAUAUUUUUCAAUUUGAUUAUCUCAAACUGAGGCGUAGGUUAUAGUUAUUAUAUUAUAUCUAUAAAUAAAAUACAAAACAAAAGUGAUUCAAAUAAAAAUUAUGAAUUCAGUAGUGCAAUACCUUUUAUAAGCGUGGACUAGAUGGAAACAAUCUGUAAAACAUGAAUUCAAUCUACUAGUGGAAGUCUAAACAACUUAGCUCACUAAAUAAUGCCAAAGAAUGAUAUGAAACUGACGUAGUAACAGAAUAAUGCAUGCGCGGAGCGUAUCAGAGUGAAGGAACGAAUCGGUGAACGGAAUGCAAGGACACGACAACGUCGUACUUUCAACGAAGUGACCAUAUCAAGGACAUGAUGUCGCACUUUCCAGUAACAAAAUAUUUAGUAAGUACUCAAGAAGUACCUGGCGAGAGCCCUUCCACACGUCUACAUUAUUUGUUUGUAGUGUGACUCCCUUUGUAGGUAAACAACUACUAUUGCCGGAGUCGCUGUGGAACUAUGACGUUAAAGAGUGCAAAACAAAUGCAUAAUACAUAAAAUUAGUGCUACUAGUACGUAGUUAGAGCAGACAAUGAAACUUUAUUAGAUAUGGUGCCUGCAGAGUGCGGGCUUUAUGUAUAACUCGUAUGAUAAGUGUUAGAUACCCGCGCGGGUACACGAUAUUCUGACCACACUACUGUAACACCACUUAGAUAUAAGCCGUAACAUAAGAGUUAAUAUAGGUUCUCCUGAAGUUUCGUAAUAGUGAUUUUAGAAAUGGAUUUAUGAAAAUGAAAUGCAUACAUCACCUACUUGCCUUCGCAAUAGUUUUAGCUGAUUCGAAUUUUAUGCACAAUUCUCAAUUAUAAUAUAGAUAACUUGUACGAAUUGAAGUUACCUUGUUGUGUCUCCUCUUGACAACAAAACUAUGAGUACGACGAUGAUUAAUUAGAUUAUAUUGUCAGAUGUUUGUAGAUCGUAAACACUAUGGUUUCAUUUACAAAUUAUGAAUGGGUGUUUAAUUGUAAAUAAUGAAUGCAAUACGUCUUAUGUAAUAAUGUUAAAGAUAUUCACUAUAAUGGUAACAAUAGUUAUUAUGUAGGUGUGUGCCAGCUCGGGCGACUAACAGACGUCAGCACUACAUUACAGUGAUAAUAAUAAACGUGAUCCCUCUUAGCUUUGUAAAAUUGUACAUUUCUUUUAUGAUUAAUUUAUAUUAAAUUUGUUAUCGUAGCUUUGUUGAAUGCAAUUAUUUUUUAUUGUUUUGUUUAUCAAAGAAGUAUUUUAGGCUAAAUUCAAUUGUUAUUUAUUUGUGAGAGAUGUAAAACGUGAUUCGGCACUAUUUCAUUUUGAGUAAAAAUGUAAUUAUUCUUGUAAAUAUUUUCGUCGACAAAAUAAUGUUUUAGACUUUCGUUCUUGAACUUUUAAAAAUUUAUAUACCAUCUUUUACGUUAAGACGAUCUCAAGUUUGUUGAAUGUUUGCAAAGCGUUCCUUUUAAAGUUUUAUUUGUAAAUAUAUCAUUAAUUAAUGUAGGAACAGUGAAUUUACUAAUUUUACUGGAUCAUAUUGUAUGUAGACGGUAGGUGGCAGUAGUGAGCCGCUCGAUUCACAAUAAAAGACAUGUCUCGGCCGAGUCGGCUCGCCAGUGUCCGCUUGCAACAGAUUUGUAUUCAAAUAAUCUAUUCAUGUUCUUCGUGUAAUCAGCUAUGAAAUUCAAAUAAACACCUUUAAAGACAUUUGCAAAUAUGGAUGAAUCCAGAUUUUCAAUAUUUGUCAUUGUGUAUAUUUUGGAGCAAUGAAAAUAAAAUAUUGAAUCAAUAUAAA